UACCUCCGUUGGGGAAAUGUGACAGUUUAAAAAGAGUGGCAUCACUGACCUCUCCACAUCAGUGAAGCUCAGUGCGUUCUCUCUUAUUUGGAACCAUGUCAUUUGUGAACACUCUUAAACAGUGGGAUGAGUCGGUGGCCUGUUUUGAACGGGGAGACUCUACAGCUGCCCUUGAAACAUUUAUUGACAUCCAGGAAAAGAACUCCAAAAUAUUUUUCAACAUUGGCUGCAUUCAUUUGAUCAACAAGGACCUAGAUGAAGCUGAGAAGGCUUUCGACGGCAGCAUCGGAAAAGAUCAACACUUGGCAGUUGCAUUCUUUCAAAGGGGACUGACAUUCUACAAAAAAGAGAGGUUUGAGGAGUCUUUUGCAGAUUUUCAAAAUGCCUUUAGGGAGUUGAGAGGGAACCAGCUGAUUGACUACAAACCUCUUGGUCUGAGAUACAAAUUAUAUGCUUGUGAGGUACUUCACAAUAUGGCUCUGGUAAAUGCUCAGCUGGGUCUGUGGGAGAAAGCCAAGGAGCACCUUUUAACCGCCCUGAACCUCAAGACAGAGGCCAAGCUCAGCCUAAUUGACAAAGCCCUGGAGUGCCUCCUGAAGCAGAAGCUGUUUCAGCCAGUGGAGAUGUCUCAGAAAGUGCUGUUCAAGCCAAACAAAAACUAUGUGGCCGAACUAGAAAAGAAAGACUACCUGGGAAAGGCCAAGGUUGUUGCAUCCAUCAUUGACAAGGAUGAGUUCUCCGGCUUUGCUCCUUUACAGCCACAGGUUGAUGAGGUCCCUGCCACACCAAAGGUUCCAGAGGUUAUGAGGGCUCUGGAGGGUGAGCCUCAUACCGUCCUCUUCGAGUUUGUCCCUGAGACAAGUGACGAGUUAGCCGUGGUGCCUGGCAACAUCGUCUUUGUGCUGCAAAAAGGAGCAGACAACUGGGCAUCAGUCAUUUUCAAUGAGCGAAGGGGCCUUGUUCCUUAUAAUUACCUGGAGCGCUUGGAAAUAACCUUAUCAUCCAAGCAAGAUAAGGAUGAGACAAACAAAGAUGACAUCCCAGCACCACCUCGCCGAGAGCCACCAAACAGACCUCAAAGAAAAUCUGCUUUUGUUCCUGAAAAUCUGAAAACCAAGGACACAGCAAAUGAGAUCGAUGAAUCAGGGGACUCUUCAAAGUGUAUAGUGAAAGUGCAUUUUAAAUACACCAUAGCAAUCUCCAUGACUCCUGGACUUGCCUACAUUACCACUCUUAAGACAAUCAGUAACAAACUAGGUGUCCCGGCUACAUCAAUCACCUUGAGCUAUUCCCCAAAGGAUUCUGGUAAAAUUAUAAUUGAUAAGGACACUAGGAUGGAGGACGUUUGGAGCUGUGUCCGCAAUGGUCGUCUUACACUGUGGUGUGAUAUGAAACCGGACUCAAGUGAGCAGCUGCAUAUCCAGACUUACUUGGUUGCUCUUCAUUCAUAUGCCUCUUCAAACCCUGAGGACCUUGAGUUCAAUCAAGGAGAUACCAUCCUACUUCUCUCCAAAGUCAAUGAAGACUGGUUUGAGGGAGAGUGCAAUCAAAAAAUUGGCAUAUUCCCAGCAUCCUUUGUGGAAGAAGUUCAGAUGAAAGAAAUAUAAUGUGAUUCCCUGGAAAUGCUAUAAAACAAGUACUAUGGAGACUUCCAAUUUUAGCAGUAUGGCUGUGGCUCAAUCUAAUCGCAAUUUUUAAAGGAAAUGCUCCAAUAUUUAUCGAGCCCACAUUUCAAGCUGCAUACAUUAUCUCAACUACAUACGUGGACCAAGUGUGACUAUAUCCUGGCCAAUAGGUACCACCAACCAUAAUAAAAUGUACAAAAACUGUUUGUGCAGUCAGAUAUACCGGUAACCAUCCAAAUAAAAGAAACACCACAAGAGCCGCCGGGACAGCUUCAGUGAUCCGUGACAUGAAUUAUGUACAGAUUGGGAAUAAAUUCAGAUGUACCUGUAUAUUUAUGUUGAAGGAAAGAAUUAGGUCAAAAAUAUCAGUAAGCCAUAGCCUAACAUCAGAUCAGUACCAUUUUUACCGAAUGGAUAACCAGGCUGAAACAUGCCAAAAAUAAGUAAUUGUCUCUACAUGCCAAAAUGUUUAAUUUAAUAAUAUUUAUAUGUACCUUACCAUUUGUCAGUUCUAUUUGACCUUGUUCGAUAAGAAGUGAAUAUUUCCACAGUAGUAACAGUCUACAUAUUGGUCUUUAGGUUUGUAUCGACUUGUUCACAUUUUCAAACUGUUGUCGUGAUUCACAAUAUUUAUCGAUUAGCUGAACACAAAGUUCAUCCUAACCAGGGAGAAGUACAGCAUCUGAGGUUUGUUUCAGUUAGCCAUCAUUUUGAAUAUACAAACCGUAAAAUAAGGAAAUGCAGAGCAAUUUGCAGACCAGUACACUUGAAAUUUGGGGUAAUAGCCUUACACUUCUCUGUAGGUAUUUUGUCAGAAAUAUUGCCUAUAUGCAGUGGGACAGUGCACAUACAUUCAGAUUUUUAAAAGAUGUACCUACUGUAAGUCAGGAUUGCUUUACACUCAUGAACUGUACUAAUGUAAUAUUAUUAUUAAAAGUAUUGACCAAAUGUAUUACUUUAUUUUAAAAAAAUCUUAGUGUAAUGCAGUAGUAAGUUUAAAAUUAUUUGUAUCUGCUUGAAAAAAAAAUCUGUUCUGCAUGUCUUUUUGUUACAAAUAAAACAUUUGGUGUGGCAUAGUCA